AUGACCAACAACCUUUGUCCUUCUCUCAAGGUAGUUCAACGCUUCUUUGCAGUCAUUCCGGGAGCUGCUAUUCCCUCCGGACACAGCGUGAUCAAUGGAGAAAUUGUCAUCGUGGCAGAUCCAGGGCACUCAGGACCCAGUAGAUCAGCUUCCAUUCGACUUUGUAGCAGCACCAAGGACCCGAAUACUGGCAAAGGGAAGUUGAGCAAGAAAGCAAGUCUCAGGCAUGUAAAGACUACGAAAGACAAAGGGCUCAACAUCAUUAUGUACAGUGUAAAGUUCAAUGUGGAAGCAGAAUUUGGAAUUCUGGGAGCUUUCCUCAUAACCAAUGGGCAUAAGCAUAAAUUCUUCCUCCAGUCCGCCACCUUUGAGGUCUCAAGCGUCGAGAUCAUCCACUUUGAUUGCCAAUCAUGGGUAUAUCCCAUUAGAAGAACGAAGACAGACAGAAUUUUCUUCUCCAAUACUUGUUAUCUUCCACACCAAACACCCGCAGCUAUGGUAGAACUGAGACGAGAGGAACUUCAUAGCUUGAGGGGAGAUGGUAGAGGAGAGAGGAAGGAAUGGGAGAGGAUAUAUGAAUACGAUCAUUAUGAUGAUCUUGGCAAUGCCAACAAAGGUCACGAACAUGCAAGACCUGUCCUAGGUGGGACGCAAGCACAUCCUUAUCCUCGCAGGAUUCGAACAGGGCACACUUGUAGCAAUAAGGAUCCAAAAACUAAGAGCCAACCUAAAAUGAUCGACUUAGAUAUAUUUGUCCCUCCUGAUGAGCAACUUCACCCAAAAAAGUUACUCGAGCUGCUAUCAAAUUCAAUCCAGUCGGCGGUACAUUUUAUUAUACCAGAGACAAAAUCCUUAAUUAAAGAGGACUCAGACAGUUUUGAUUCAUUCAAUGAGAUACUUGAAGUGUUUUCUGGCAAUCAAGGACAACAGGCAGGGAAAGUUCCUGAUGAAGUUAGGAAGAUGGCACCAAAUAAGCAACUUAAAAGAAUGAUUCACACCAGAAAAACAAAUCAAGCAAAAUUCCCACUACCUCAGAUAUUAGCAGAGAACAAAUGGGCCUGGAAAGAUGAUCGUGAGUUCGCCCGGCAAAUGAUUGCAGGAAUAAAUCCAGCAAGAAUUCGAGGGUUGCAGGAAUUCCCACCACACAGCAGAAAUGGAGUAAGAAGUUCAAUCAAGGUGGCCCAUAUUGCGCAUAACCUCGAGGGCCUGACUAUUGAGCAAGCUAUGAGUCAACAUAAGAUAUUCAUCUUGGAUCAUCAUGAUUAUCUUAUGCCAUUCCUCAACAGAAUAAACACAAAUGGCAUCUGUGCUUAUGCAUCUCGGACAUUACUAUUUUCUAGUAAAGAUGGGUCACUAAAACCAGUGGCAAUAGAACUGAGCUUGCCUGGCUCUUCAAGCAGCGAGGAGGAUCCCUGGGUAUUUGUUCCAGCAAGCCAGGGCAUUGAAGCAGCAUUAUGGCAGCUUGCUAAGACCCAUGUCACAGCAAAUGAUUCUGCUCAUCAUCAACUGAUCAGUCACUGGUUGCAUACCCAUGCUGUAGUUGAGCCAUUCAUAAUUGCUAGUAGAAGACAAUUAAGCGUGAUGCACCCAAUCCACCAGCUAUUACGUCCACACUUCAGAGAUACCAUGCACAUAAAUGCACUAUAUAGGCGUAUCCUCAUAAAUUCGGGAGGAGUCCUGGAGAAGACACUUUUCACAGGAGAAGUGUCAAUGGAGUUGUCAUCCAUGCUAUACAAAGAGUGGAGAUUUGACGAACAAGGCCUCCCUUCAGACUUACUGAAAAGAGGCAUGGCUAUACAAGAUCCAGAGAGCCCGACUGGUGUUAAGCUAAUCUUCCACGAUUACCCUUAUGGUGAAGAUGGGCUUGAUAUAUGGCUUGCUAUCAAGACAUGGGUUAGCGAUUUCUGCUCCGUGUUUUACAAACAAGAUGGCCAUAUCCAGUCGGAUAAAGAGCUGCAAGCAUGGUGGUCUGAAAUCAGAAAUGUGGGUCAUGGUGAUAAGAAGCGUGAGAAAUGGUGCGAAAUGAAAAAUCUCACCGACCUCAUAGAGGUUCUCACCACUCUUAUAUGGAUUUCUUCAGCCCUUCAUGCAUCAGUAGCAUUCGGCCAAUAUGCCUAUGCCAGUUACCCUCCAAACCGUACCACGCUUUGUAGAAAAUUCAUUCCAGAAGAAGGUACUUUCGAAUUUGCUGAGUUCCUUCGAGACACUGACGGAUACUUCAUCAAAAUGCUACCCAGAAGGUCUGAGAUGACCCUUUGGAUAGCACUGAUGGAAGUUCUGUCGCAGCACACUUCAGAUGAAGAAUACUUGGGCCAGAGGUCGAUGGUACAGUGGACUGAUAAGGAAGAGGUUCGCCAAUUAUUUAUGAAGUUCAAAAGGAAUCUGAGAGACAUACAAGGAAGAAUAAUAGAAAGGAAUGGAAAUCCAGAACUCAAGAACAGAGGCGGACCUGCCAAAAUCCCCUACGAGCUUCUCCUUCCUGAUAUAACGGAUGACAGAUCCACAGGAGGAAUAAUAGGGAAGGGGAUUCCUAACAGCAUAUCCAUUUGAUCAAUCGUAAUGUUUAACCGAAACAACAUGAAUAUUUUGCAUGAAAUGCUUCCCUUGAGAACCAGAAAAAAAUAAAAUUAGAAGCCAUCAUGAGA